AUGUUGCUUUUCGAUGCUGAUAAAAAACAAAGUAAACAAAAACAAGGCCGAUAUUCCGAAUUUCAAGCAAUUGUUCUUGCAGGUUAUGGUCAUAGAUUGUAUCCAUUAUCCGAAGAUAAUAAUCUUCCUAAAGCUUUACUUCCAAUAGCUAAUAAACCAAUGAUUUAUUAUGUCUUGGAUUGGUUAGAAAGAGCAGGAAUUUUUGAUGUAUUAGUUAUUACUGAAGCAACUGGUGAAUACAAAAUUGGCCAUUAUCUUAAAAAUGACUAUGAAGGGAAACUGAAGCCAAACAUAGAAGUAGUUAGGGAAGAUGUUGGGACGGCUGAUGUGUUGAGAAUUUUCAGUGAAAAAAUAAAAAGCGAUUUCAUUGUAAUGAGUUGUGAUCUUGUUUUUGAUUUGGUGCCUCAUCGAUUAUUGGAUUAUCAUCGAACACAUGAUCCAACUUUUACAGCAUUAUACUUUGAACCCAAUAAAUCUGAGGGUGGUGGUGGAAGUAGUGGUAGUAAUAAGGAUGAUAAAGAAGAUCCAAAACAAUUUGUUGGUGUGGAUACCAAUAGAUCACGUAUUGUUUAUGUCGCAUCUAGUGCUGAUCUAGAUGAAGAAUUUUCUUUACGCAUGUCAUUACUAUGGAAAUUCCCAUGUAUCGACAUUCAUACAACCUUACAAGAUGCGCAUCUUUAUAUCUUCAAACGAUGGGUGAUUGAUUUAAUCGUACAGAGAAAAGCUAUUUCUAGCGUGAGAGAACAUCUUGUUCCCCUACUUAUAAAAUGCCAAUAUCAAAAAAAGCUGUUGGAUAGCGAAGUGGCAGCAACAUACGAGAAUUUUCAAAAAACUGCCCUUAAAUAUUCUGCCUCAGAAGAUGAUUAUGACAAAAGCUCGCCAGUACGAUGUCAAAUUUAUACAUAUAACACUGGUUUUUGUGGACGUGGAAAUACAAUUUACAAAUAUUGUGAUCUAAAUCGUCAUAUGACGAAGAUACAUACGGAUCCGCGUGUAUCUCCAUCUGCAGAAAUAAAUUCAAAGGCGCAGGUUGGAUCGGAUUCGUUAGUUGGUGAUGACACGAAAAUUGAUGAACGCACGUCCAUCAAACGCUCAACAAUUGGCACACAUUGCAUAAUUGGCAAAAAUGUCAAAAUCUCGAACUCAAUACUAAUGGACAAUGUCGUCAUUGAGGAUAAUGUCAAAUUGGAUGGGUGUGUAGUUUGUAAUGGCGCUAAGAUAAUGGAAAAAUCUCAAUUAAAAGAUUGUGAAGUUGGUGGGGGAUACGUUAUUGUUUCUGAAACACAAGCAAAAAAUGAACAGCUUGUUGAGUUUCGUGAUCUGGACUAA